GGAAGUUCGGGGUUUUCUGUCUUUCUUCUUUUCGGGUCGGGGAAGAGUGCUGGUCGCUGCCUUUCGAGGGUUUGCCUUCUUUCGGGAGGUGAUGUAUGAUUUCUCCCUUUCGAUGCGAUGGUACGGUCGUGUCUCUGCGGCUCUGGCUCGGCAGGUAUAUUGUGUAUGCUGUGCGAGAGUGCUGCGCUUGCGCGAUUGGAAAUUUAUAGUAUUUAUCUGUGUACAGCAGCAGGUAGUUUAUUGGAGGAUCAAGCCGAAAAAAACGCGGCGAGUCUUAGGGUCCGUAAUCGAUAGGCGGAAUUGACGGUACGCCGCGGCUUGUGAUAUCUUUGUCUCGACAUCUCUAUUCUACA